AUGAAGAUUCACUUACCUGUUUUAAUGGUGGUGAAUGUGUCUACAGAGAGCUGUGCAACUGCAGUCGAUUUAAUGCAACUGGACCAAGAUGCCAGACAGGUGAAUAAUGAUCCUGAAUGCCAUUCUUCUCCUUAUUCCUGUAAACGGUCUGUUAGUUUAUUCUUUUCUGGAGAUGAACAGAUAAAGAUGAGCAGUGAAGUCACCUAUAAAGGAUUUCGAAUACAAUUACCUUAUGUUAUUGGAAACUUGCACAUCCAGAAACUAGCUGGAUACUUCCUAGUCAGGCACCAGUAUGCCUUUACUCUGGCUUGGGAUGGUACUUCCGCAGUGUAUAUCAAAAUGGCACCAGAGUACCUGGGCAAAACCCAUGGACUGUGUGGGAACAAUAACGCUAUCCUGCAGGAUGAUCUUGAAACUAGUUAUGGAAAACUGACAGACGAUGUAACAGAAUUCGUAGAGAGUUGGCAGGAAAAUCCUCCACAAGGAACACCCAAUUGGGAUAAAUAUCUUCUUAAUGAACCACCCUGCCUGACACAAAGCCAUGAAUCUCUGCAGGUAGAAAAUAAUAUGUCAAUUUUUAUUUGUGUAAGGUCAGCAGUUGAUAAUGCAACUUGGUGUCGAGCAUUAACUGAAUAUGCCAGAGCAUGUGCGCAGGCAGGAAAGCCACUUCAUGGAUGGCGAAUGUACUUUCAGCAAUGUGUGAUUACCUGCGCUGAACCCUUGACCUACAAUGAAUGCAUCAGCUGUUGCCCUGUCUCAUGUCAUCAGCAAUCACAGUGCAUCGACAGUGAGCUUCCCUGCAUUGAUGGAUGCUACUGUCCAGAUGGCUUAAUUUACGAAAAUGAAUUGUGUGUCAAGCCUAUGGACUGUCCUUGUGACUACCAUGGAAGCUUAUUUGAAAUGGGCUCAGUGGUUUAUGACGAUUGUAAUAACUGCACUUGCAUUGGAGGAAAGUGGAUUUGUACAAAUCUUACAUGUCCAGCUGAAUGUUCAGUUUCAGGAGACAUUCAUUUCAUGACCUUUGAUGGGCGCAAAUACACUUUCCAAGCUACCUGCCAGUAUAUUCUUGCAAAAAGCCGUACAUCUGGAGCAUUUACCAUAUCCUUGCAAAAUGCUCCUUGUGGACAGAACCAAGAUGGAUCAUGUAUCCAAUCAAUCAGCCUUAUUCUUAAGCAGGACCCCAAGAGGCAAGUGACUCUGACUCAUUCAGGAGAUGUUUUGGUAUAUGACCAAUACAAAAUUAACCUGCCUUACGCAGAUGAGUUAUUUGAAAUACGGAAACUCUCCUCUGUAUUUCUUCAAGUAAAGACACACAUUGGAUUACAGAUACUGUACGACAGAGAAGGACUGAGGCUUUACCUUCAAGUGGAUGGACAAUGGAAAGAUGAUACUGCGGGCCUUUGUGGAACCUUCAAUGGAAAUACAGAGGAUGAUUUUUUGUAUGAAUAG